AUGUGAUUUUAGUUUUUACCCUGGUCUCAAAGAUAGGACACCUAAGCUUAAAGAAUAACUUUUUACCGGAAAAGCGCAGUUUUAUUUAUUUGAUUUGAAAAAUGUUUGAGUUAGAGUUGAACUUAAAAGCAAUUAUACAGCUUGUAUGAGCUAGGAAAUUACAACAUUCAGGCUUUUAAAAUGAAAAAGAAUUAAUUUAAAAGCAAAAAUAGCAUUAGGAAUAUAUCUAAGAUUAGAUAAGAAAAUAUAAGUUUGAUAAUUUGUUUAAAAAGCUUAAUUAAGAAAUAGAAAUCAUAUAAACAAUGAAUAGCGAAACGCCAAGUCCAUUAAAAUCUCCAACAAAAGUCGUAAUUAAGAUUUCACCAGUAGAGGGCGACAAAUUGUUUUCACCAAGUCCAAAUACUGGAAAAGGAAUGAAGUCGUCCUUAAAAUCCCGUCGUCAGUCGAUGCUCGUCGUUACCACGCCAACCGCCCAAGUGAAGCAUGUCGCGGUACGGCGAUUAUCGGAGCCGAUGAUUCACGAAGACACGGAUGAGCGAGGAUCAGAUGUUUCGUUCCCAGAGAUGUUGGGAGUCGAGGAAGAAGAAGAGUUUGUUCCCCAGCACCACCAAGUUUUAUAUGAAUUGCUUGGUGCCGAUAAAGCUGAAUCGAUUCUUAAUCCAAAGAUGGAAGAACCUGCGAAAAAUAACGAAGAAAUAUCAGAAAUGAAACAUCGGAAACGUUUGCCAGCAGUUGACACGGGUGUUGGUGCUGAUGCUUUGUGGAAAAUAUUAAAGAAAGAAUCUGAUCGUAAACUACAAUCAAUGGACAACAGGAUUCCAACAGAAUGGAAGGUAUCAUAUGGAGCAUUUCUAAGAGACAGCCUCAACCAGAAUCGUUCCAUUGUACAUCGUAGCUUCACACACCAUGUAGACGUGCCAGAACUCGACAAACUGAUGGACAAACGAUACAGAGAAAGAGUAAGAAAAGCAAGACACCACACAAAUGUGAUGUUUAGAGCAUCGGAGAACAACAAAAACAAAACAACUUUGCUUCUCAGUAACAACCCUGUGCCCGAUUAUAAUGAUAGAGAAGGAACGCAAACCUUACACAGAUAUUUCAGCGAAAAAUUUGCGAUUGACGAAAAAUCGGAGACGAGUGAAAGAGAUCGAAUUCUGGAAGAAGAGGAGCGCGAGGACGUUCGGAAAAGAUUUUCCAACAUCCAUUUCCUGUCAGAGGAUGCCUGCAGAACAAGAGGAACAUUUUAUGGAAAAUACGCAAAACUCGAUGAUUUGAAAAUGGUGACGGACAUCCCUGGCUAUAAAAGUUUACUCCCCCCAUCAAUGACAUCACGGAUCACUAUCAGUGCUCCAGUUCAUGACUUGUCAGGGUUUCGACCUCAGAUUGGACAAAGACGACUAUUUUCAAGAAAGCCUUCAACAGCAAAACAGGAUCCAAAAUGGCAGCCUCUUACAGUGGGAGCAUUGAUGGAGUACGCACCAACUAAACGGAUUUUAGGCUUUGGUGAAUUUGGGUACGGCCAAGCUUCAAGAUGGAAGACUCCAGCUCCAAGCACUGCCUGAAACCGAAUGAUAAUAAACACACUACCAUUUACCAUCAUGUGCAAAUACCACUGAGAUUGCGUUUAAAUUACACAGAGUGGAAACUUACCUUCUGCCAAUUUUCAGGACUAAAUUAUGAAAUCAGUGCUAAGAAUGACUGCCUUGUAGCGCUACUUUGUUUUAACUGCUUUUUAAUAUAACAACCGCUAUAUAGUUACUUUAACUGUUGUGAAUUAAACUUAAAAUAUACUCUUUUAUCUACAUUUUUUAAACUGUAAACUAACAAGCAAAUUAAUGCUGUAAGUAACAAAAAAACUACAUGUGUGCUAAAAUAAACUUUAAUACUAUCAUUUAUAAACUAAAUACAAACCUG